AUGGCCUCUGGAACGACAUGCGUCAAGGAGAAACCCAUUGAUUCCACCGGCGAGAGCCCAUCAGAAGGAGGAACUGCAUCAGACUCCAACCUCGAAGCCAACUUGCCUGCCAAGACGGGAAACGAGGCCGCCAAAUCUGACCCGAAUGCAUCUCCGAGACAGAUUCACGGGAUAUUGUGGGUCUUGGUCGUCAUUGCCAUCCUUUCGAGCAUCUUUCUCUAUUCUCUCGACAACACGGUGGUCGCCGAUAUCACACCGGCGGCAGUCAACGCCUUUGGCGACGUGCUGAAGCUGCCAUGGCUGUCAGUAGGAUUCCUUCUCGGUGGCGCGGCCGUUGUGCUCCCAUUUGGAAGGUUAUACGGCUUGUUCGACGCAAAAUGGUUGUAUAUCCUGUCGUCAAUCCUCUUCAACGUCGGCUCGGCCAUCUGCGGCGCGGCGCCCAGCAUGGAUGCGCUCAUCGUUGGCCGCGUGCUUGCUGGCAUGGGUGGGAACGGCAUGUACCUCGGCGUCAUGACGCUGCUCUCGGUCAACACCUCGGACCGUGAGCGACCCGGGUACUUGAGCUUUGUCGGGCUGGUCUGGGGUAUUGGCACCGUCCUGGGCCCCGUCGUUGGCGGUGCCUUCGUCGAGUCGCCGGCCACCUGGCGAUGGGCCUUCUACAUCAACCUUUGCGUCGCCGGUCUCUUCGCCCCUGUGUACCUCUUUUGGAUCCCGUCCUUCAAGCCGCGCGCGGGCACCAAGUCCCUGUCCUUGGUUCGCGAGUUCGACAUUAUCGGUACGGUCCUGAGUAUGGGCGCUAUCACGGCCCUGAUCAUGGCUACCAACCUCGGCGGCGCUCUGCACGAGUGGAACAGCGGGCAGAUCAUCGCCCUCUUUAUCGUCUCGAUCGCUCUCUUCAUCCUCUUCGCCCUUCAGCAGACGUUCACCGUCUUCACGACGCUGACGACGCGUAUAUUUCCCGUCCAGUUCACGAAGAACUGGAACGCGGUUCUCCUCUUCUGCCUCGCCGCUGCGGUAAACACGGCCGGAUUCGUCCCCAUCUACUACGUGCCGCUCUACUUCCAGUUCACCAGGGGCGAUAGCGCCAUCCAGGCCGCCGUUCGGCUGCUGCCACUCAUCUUUGUCCUGAGCGCCACGAUCCUCGCCAACGGUCAUCUCAUGUCACGCUUCAGCUACUUCCAGCCCUGGUACAUCUUCGGAAGCGCCCUCACCUUGGUUGGCGGCGUGCUGCUGUCUCGCAUCACCACCGACACGCCAGAGGGUCAGAUCUACGGAUUCGAGAUCCUGACGGGGGUCGGCACCGGCUGCUUCAUCCAGGCCGGCUAUGCCGUCAUCCAGGCCGUCACGCCGCCCGCCGAGAUGGCCUACGCCAUCAGCUACAUGAUGCUGGCACAGCUGUCCGGCAUCGCGCUGGGCCUGGCCAUCGCCGGCGCCGUCUUCGUCAACGGCGCCAUCUCGCGCCUGGCCGCGGUCCUCCCCGGCGUGUCGCGCGAGCAGCUCCAGCUGGCCGUCUCGGGGACCAGCGGCGCCUACCUGAGCUCCCUGUCGCCCGAGGUGCGCGCCGCCGCCACCGACGCCAUCGUCUUGGCCCUCCGCGAGGUGUUCAUUCCCGUCUACGUCGCGGCCGCGUUCAGCUUGGUGCUCUCCGUCUUGUUCACGAAACGCAAAAUGUUCAACACGGUGGCCAUUGCUGCAUAG